UCCUCCACCUUUAAUAUGAUUGAUCAGCGAAUGGAAAAGCAGAGGAACAGGACAGGAGCGCGGAGAGAUCUUCACCUUUUACAUUGAACCUGUCUUCCAUUUCUCUCCUGAUUGAAUUUAAACUCAAGCGAGCUUGAUGUGAGCAAGGCAGGGGGAAAGCAAGCAAGCAAAAAAAAAAAAUCACUUCUUUUUCCCUUUUCUCACCCUCACAGUGCACUUCUCCACUACAUCACCUUUAAAUUUUUUGUUGUUGUUGUUGCUUUUUCUUUUUUUUCUUUUUUUUCAUUUUCUGGUACCUCCUUGGAUACUUUGGCUUACAGCACGGCUUCACCUGGGCACCUUUUCCUGAAGUCUCACCAAACAACACCAAGAGUUUCUUCUGCCAACUUUAACGCACGUCAGGGCAAAAACCCAGAAAAGAACAGAAAAGAAAAAUCCAUCGACAGGGAAAAAGCGAAAAAAAAAAGUUUUUGUCUCCUAUCGCGUAAAGAAGCGUUAAAGUUACACAAUGAGUCUCAAAUCAGAUUCUGAGCCGAACAACAAUGUAUCAUUAGAGGAGGAGGUACGAACACUUUUUGUCAGUGGUCUGCCUGUAGACAUCAAGCCAAGGGAGUUGUACCUGCUGUUCAGGCCGUUCAAGGGAUAUGAAGGCUCACUUAUAAAACUAACUUCGAAGCAGCCCGUUGGCUUUGUUACCUUUGACAGCAGGUCUGGAGCCGAAGCAGCUAAAAACGCAUUAAAUGGGAUUCGCUUUGACCCGGAGAACCCCCAGACACUGCGUCUGGAGUUUGCUAAGGCUAACACCAAGAUGGCAAAGAGUAAGCUGAUGGGCACACCGAAUCCCUCAAGCCUGCACCCAGCUCUCGGGGCUCACUUUAUUGCACGUGAUCCAUAUGAUCUAACUGGUGCUGCACUGAUCCCAGCAUCCCCAGAGGCAUGGACACCGUAUCCCCUCUACGCCACUGAGCUAACCCCUGGCCUGCCACACACCGCCUUCACCUACCCUGCAGCCGCUGCAGCUGCCGCUGCCCUGCAUGCCCAGAUGCGCUGGUACCCCUCGCCCUCUGACACUACGCAGCCAGGAUGGAAAUCCCGUCAAUUCUGUUAAUUGUAGAAGAUACAUGCAGGUUCGUCCCUCCAUCCCUCAGCCCCUCUCAGUAAUGUGUGCUGGGAUCAACAUUUAAUACUGUCAGGUAUAUUAUCAACAGCAGCAACAAAAUAGUGUAUAAAUGGAUCGUAUAAAUCGAUUCUGGAAAAAACUCUUCACCGAAGGACCCUGAGCAUAAAUAAAACCGAAUGUUGUGUACAGCUGAGGCCUCAUGGGCUAAUGGUACAGUCUCUACUAUUCAAAGCCACACCUGUGACGAGCCAAUCAUGUGCAAGUUGAAAUGUUCUUGCUGCUCUCUGUUGGUUGUGUGUGUUUGGGGGGGAAAGGGGAUAAUCAUUAUGCAUGUUGAAGUAUAUCAUAUGGCAUGAAAUGUAGAAUGCAAAGUUGUCAGGUUUGGUUUGUUUUGUUUUUCCCCCUCCUUGUGUUUCCUCCAUUUGGUCGCGCUCUUUAGCGUUCUCGCUUCUGUGAAGAUCUUGUUUGACACACCUGAUGUUACCUGCAAGGUAGAGGUCUACAUCUUGUUACUAUCGAGUCUCCUUUUGUUUUGUUUUUUGUUUUUUUUGUUUUUGUUAAACAAAUUCCACAUGCACUGGGUUAAAUAAUUUUUUUUUUAUUCUUUAUGAUUGUGACUGUAAAAUUGUCCAUUAUGGACUAAUCCUUCUAAGAAGCUUCUCUUCGAGACCUCAUAUCCAUCGCCCCUGCUCUGGUAUCUGUGCUUGUUAGAGUAUAUUUGAACAACAAAAAAAAAGUACAAGUAUUUUUGUACAUUUGUGUAAUGAAUAUUUAUGCAUUUUUGUGAAAUUAAAUAAGUAUAUCUGUAUAA